AUGAAUGAUGUUCAGAUCCACUGGUUUUCCAUUGUGAAUUCUCUGGUUGUCGUCCUGUUUCUGUCUGGCAUAUUAACAAUGAUUAUGGUACGGACAUUACGGCGAGACAUUGCUAGAUAUAAUGCUGAUGAGGGACCCGAUGAAACUAUUGAAGAGACUGGAUGGAAACUAGUUCAUGAUGAUGUGUUUAGACCACCGCGUUACUCAAGAUUGUUUGCAGCAGUCAUUGGAAGUGGGAUCCAGAUAUUUUUCAUGGCACUGAUAACAAUAUUCUUUGCAAUGCUGGGCAUGCUUUCACCGGCAUCUCGGGGAGCCCUCAUGACUGCAGCAAUUUUUCUCUACGUCUUUAUGGGUCUGAUUGCUGGUUAUUUUUCUGCAAGGUUAUAUAAGACAAUGAAAGGAAGAGAAUGGAAGAGGGCAGCUUUUCUGACUGCCACUUUUUAUCCAGCAAUUGUUUUUGGAGUUUGUUUCUUCUUAAACUUUUUUAUCUGGGGGAAACAUUCCAGUGGUGCAGUACCAUUCUCCACAAUGGUGUCACUGUUAUGUAUGUGGUUUGGCAUUUCCUUACCACUUGUAUACUUGGGUUAUUACUUUGGGUUUCGCAAACAGCCUUUCCAGCAUCCAGUACGGACAAAUCAGAUUCCACGUCAAGUCCCAGAUCAACUUUGGUACAUGAAUCCUUUCCUAUGCACAUUAAUGGCAGGUGUACUGCCAUUUGGAGCUGUAUUUAUUGAGCUGUUUUUCAUAUUUUCUGCAAUUUGGGACAAUCAAUUCUAUUAUCUGUUUGGUUUCCUGUUCCUUGUGUUCAUUAUCUUGGUGAUAUCAUGCUCCCAGAUAUCAAUUGUAAUGGUGUACUUCCAGCUGUGUGGUGAGGAUUACCAUUGGUGGUGGAGAAGUUUUAUAGUUUCAGGAGGGUCAGCAAUAUAUGUCUUUGCAUAUUCAGUAUUUUAUUUUGUCACCAAGUUGGAAAUAACAGAGUUCAUUCCCACAUUGUUAUAUUUCGGCUACACAGCUAUUAUGGUGAUAACAUUUUGGCUUCUUACUGGAACUAUCGGUUUUUUUGCAGCAUAUGCAUUUAUUCGGAAGAUUUAUGCUGCUGUGAAGAUUGACUGA